AUUUCCUAAUAAGAGACAUUCAUCGUUUAAAAACACCGCACUGUCUGUGUGUGUUCAGUCGUGCGGCGUUGCACAUUUUGUUGCUAGGUGAAAAGUGUGACAUCCAUUUUUGUUUUCAACAUGUCAGCAUGUGCCUCCGUUGUCCUUAACUCACCAGCGGCAGUGUUUGGACGGCUGUAGUUCAUGUUCUCGGAUGAAGACGGGAUCAGCUGGCUGCUCAGCCCGGUUCCUCUGUGUCUGCGUCUGAAUCUUGUCCGUAAAUUGCAGGAGAUCCACAGGUGCGGGGAGCUCCGGACAUGGGGGACAUAAGCACUCUGAUGUCCUGGUUUUCCAGCCCGGUGUACAGCCGCUACUGGCAGCACUACCAGCAGGCUAUGGCCUGGCACCAGAGACACAGGCGUGCCUACCGAAAGGCCCUGGAGGCUGCCUACGGCCCCGGCUGCUACCAGGAGCAGGAUCCCAGCGGCCACCAGCGCUAUGCAGACUGGCAUGUCGGAGAGAGCAACAGCAACAACCUGGACGAGGAGAGCAGCUCGGAUAGCGAGAUCGAGUGUGAUGUCAGCAACAUGGAGAUCAGCGAGGAGCUGCGGCAGUACUUUGCCCAGACGGAGAGACACAGAGAGGAGCUGAAGAAGCAGCAGCAGCAGAUGGAGGCUGAGCAGCAGGACAGCUACGUGCCCGCCGACCAGGACCUGCACAGCGUCUCCUGGCGAAGCACCGUGGCUCCUCCCUCCGACCGGCCUGGUGAGAGACGCGGGGCAGAGAUGAAGAAGUUGUAUGGCAAGGAUGCGGCCAAGAUCCUGGCCAUGGAGGCAGCAAUGCAGCUCACAUUUGACAGAAACUGUGAUCUCAAGCAGCCCAAGUACUGGCCUGUUAUCCCACUGAAACUAUAGUAGCUGUAAACUGAUUUGGAGGAGAUUCAUGCAAAAACCUCAAAAUAAGUGUCUUCUAAGGGUCAGUGGUACAGUAAAACCGCCUCCGUACGUGAUGUAAAUAUAUUCAAACAUGUGCCUGCGUGUCUCCUCCUAAUCUGUUUCUGUUUACUCUGUAGCUUGAUGAUGUUUCAUGCUGCAGUAGCUCCUCUUAUGCCUGUCAACUUAGUUUAACCACAGAAUUUUUCAGCCCUCCCCUCUGUUCCUAUUCAGAAGCGUCCCUGCAUGGCUGCUUCUAAUAUUCCACGUCUCAGCAUACACAGUGAUUUGUUGUUGUUAGUUCUAAACUGUCCCUCUCUGACUCAGGCUCUGUUGACGAUUCUCUUUUAUCUUGUGCACCCGUUUGUUUUUUUUUUUUACUGACUGAAGAGUGUGUAUGUUCA